CUAUUCCUACUCCUAAUAACAAUUUAUUAUCACUUAAGCUUGAUGAUUUAAGUGAUAUUGACAUGAAUUCACCAAUUUUUGACUCUGAUCUAUUUAAUGACUGGGCAGAUUUCUUUAGCAAUCAAAAUACUUAUCCGAGUCCUGACUUAUCAAUAACUUCUAGUAGCAAUAGUUCUCCUAGUCCAAAUAAUUUAAAUAAUUUUGAUUUGCCAAUUCAAGUAGAUCAACAAGUCAACAAUGAUCAAUACGAACUCGGGAUUUUCGAUUUCUCUAACGUUAACAUUAACGUUAAUGAAAUUUCCGAAAUAAACUCACAUAAUUUACAUGAAAUCUUUGAUAUUCAGAACAAUUGCAUUUUAGAUGACUUGGCCAAUUCUAAUGGCCAAUUGCCUUUUUUGCCUAAUUUAUUAAAUACAACAAUAAAUCAAAAUAAUUUAAACGAUGCAUUAAUUGCUUAUGAGAUAG